UUGAGUUGCGCGUUGCGCGUAGUGAAGUAGUGAAGUUUGGUUCGAUCAACGGAUCGGAGGUUGAAACCGCUCGUUGUACAGCAGAAAUCGUGUUUCCUUUUACUAUAAAAAGGCAUUAGCGUGUGUUCGAAAAAUUGGAAGACGCUGAAUUUCUUUUAAGUAAAUAUUUGUCGAAUGCCUGUAAUCCAUGAAUAUCGACAAUACAUUCGUGUUAAAGAGCGGAACAACUCGAUGUAAAGUUAGUUCCGCCGACAGUUUCGCAAACAACAAACAAAACGGCUUCCCAAAAGAAACCGUCGAAGAACAUGGCGGAGACAGAUGAGUUAGAGAAUAUGGUCUUGAGUUUUCGAGUAUCUGAGCUUCAGAUGCUUUUGGGAUUUGCCGGCAGAAACAAGUCUGGCAGAAAAAACGAACUUCAAAGUCGUGCAUUGGAGCUUUUACGUCUCCGUUCUCAUCCAGUUCAACUUAAAAUUCGUGAACUUUAUAAAACUAUCCAAGCAGAUCAAAUAGUAGCCCAUCAAAUGUAUGGACAAGGAAGCGGUGCAGGAGAGUCACAAAUGGACCAAAAUCUGCAUCAACGAAAUGACGACUCUAGACAGGGUCAUGUACAAUCCUGGGUGAGGGUAAUGCGAACAAUGCGGCAGAAUCCUUCCAGCCAAUCUACAGUUUCUCCUGGAAAAGAUCUGCCUCCUGCGCAUCAAGCCUCGUUACCACAAUCCCAGGUUGCUCGAACAAAUCCUGUGUAUCAACCGCCAGGAUACACGAGUGUUGCGCAACAGCGACCUGGGAGCGCCGUCUAUCCGUAUCCGUAUCCGACCAAAGUAUUGGCUCCAGCCAUGCAAAUUCAGCAGCCAGCUCAGUAUCCAGUGCACCCGGACGUCCGUUUAAAGAAAUUACCAUUUUUUGAUUUGCUGGCGGAGUUGUUGAAACCCUCUAGUCUAAUGCCGCAAGGAUCAAUAAGACUCCAAGAAAAUACAUUCAUGUUUCAUUUGACACCUCAACAAUCGACCGACAUUGCAAGUUCGCGAGAUUGUCGUUCCGGUAGCAAAAUGGAUUAUACUGUACAGGUACAAAUGCGAUUUUGUUUACAAGAAACGUCUUGUGAACAAGAAGAUUAUUUCCCUCCAAGCGUUGCUGUCAAAGUUAACGGAAAACUGUGCCCAUUACCCAAUCCCAUACCCACUAACAAGCCAGGAGUAGAACCGAAAAGACCACCAAGACCAGUAAACAUAAGUCCACUUGUAAAAUUAUCACCAACUGUUGGAAAUAACAUCCACGUCACGUGGUCAGCAGACUACGGACGAAGAUUCGCCAUUGCUGUGUACCUUGUUAGGAAACUAACCAGUUCCGAGCUACUGGGGAGAUUGAAAGGCAGAGGAGCUCGACAGUCUGAUUACACGAGAGGAUUAAUUAAAGAAAAACUGAACGAAGACGCCGACAGCGAAAUCGCAACGACGUCGUUGCGGGUCUCGCUAGCUUGUCCGUUGGGAAAAAUGCGAAUGAGCACUCCUUGCCGAGCAUCAACGUGUUUGCAUUUGCAGUGUUUCGACGCCUCGUUAUUCCUGCAAAUGAACGAGCGAAAACCGACUUGGAGUUGUCCUGUUUGCGACAAGCCGGCUCUUUACGAUCAUUUGGUAAUCGAUGGUUAUUUCCAAGAAGUUCUAAAUUCACACAAACUUUUGCCCGACGUUAACGAAAUCCAGCUGCUCCAAGAUGGCUCGUGGGAAAAUUUGGUCCCCAAAAAGGAAAAAGAAAAAGAGAAGGACAAAGCCGAGGUGAAAUCGGAGUCGAAAAAACAGAGAAAAGUUAAUGUCGACACAGUGGAUUUAGAUGAGUCGAGUCCUCCGGAAGAAGCGCCAACUUCGGAAGAGAAGAAACGUGCAGUCGUUAUAGACUUGAUAUCAGAUACGGAUGACGAGGAGGAGGAUUCCAAUCCAAAACAGAAUCCGAACAAAAAAUCCAGCCAGUCCUCGCCUAAGAAGACUCAGUCUAGUACACACGGUGACAUUAGUAGUACGAGCGAUUCCCCGGAGCUUAUGAUUAUUGACCUCGAGUAAAUACAAAGCCUUGAUCCUUCCAAUCGCUCGUGUUUUCUGAUAACAUAGUGGCACGGCUGGACGUGCGAAAACAAACUUGUGGAAUAUUCAAUAUAUUUGUGAACUGGACGCUAUGUGGAAAUUUUCUCUGAUGCACGGUUUUAAUAAGAGGGUAACAUUGGAUGGUGUUACUUCGUCAUGGUGUGUUUUUACACUGAUAGUUUGGUGUCGAGUCGAUCAACAUUUAUGCCGCAAGCCGCUCUCCGGGCAAAGAACUUAGCGAAAGGACAAUUUUUUGAAUAGCCCAACCGGAGAAACGUUUUAAAAACAUUGCCUCGCUCAUAAACAAUCGUUGAUGCACAAAAAACAUUUUUAGGUGGCCCGAUAAUUCUGUAUAUGUGUGUUACCCAAAUGGAUUAUUUUUUUUUCAUCGUAUCAACUGUUUCACACGUUUGAUUAGUUCUCAUCAUCAGAAACUAUGAAUAUAGUGCAUGGUCGAAGCCUUUUUCGUGCAGAAAAUCAAUUGCCCUUUUUUCUUGCACUCGAUGCAAUGAGUUUGAAACUCUCGAAUAAGAACUUUGCUUUUUUUCAAAGAAUUUCCAGAAGGAUUUCGAUGUAAAAUUUAGACAAGUUGUAUGCAACUCGAUGAACUCAUUAAAAUUGUUUUUGUGCCGGUAAGUUUCUACAAAAAGUAAACAUUUAGAGGUAAGAAAACAAUCCCCGUAUGUUUGUGCAUUUUUCUUUUCGAAAAAUAUAUAUUUAUAACGAAAAGCGA